UUAAAGAUAAGACAGCUAGCAUGAGUAUACCACGUAGAUAUGCAGUUCGAGAUACAUACGCCAUAUAAUCGGCUCAAUAAAAAUUAGUUGUUCUUGCCACGUCUUGCAUAACUCGUUUAACUUAACACCCUUCCCGAUUAAUCAACACAAAGACAUGUCUUGUGAAGAGCCCAGCCCGAUUAUGGAGUUGGACGAGAAGGUACUUUUGGGCAAAGGAGCAGAAGGUCACGUAUUCCUCGGCACUUUUGCUGGAGAAAAAGUUGCCAUCAAAAGAGUCCUCACAAACGCGGACACUGUUGUGGACCCAGCCCGUCAACGAAGGGAAGAUGAAACCAUGAAAAAAUUAGAACACCCCAAUGUUCUCAAAUUAAUUGAGGUUGUAGAAAAGCCAAAUUUCAGGUAUUUGAUAUUGGAGUUCUGCGUGGGAACGAUUCGAGACUACAUAAGAAAAAAGUACACUGGCCCAAUGCCUUCCGAAAUCGAAGGGAUGAUGCAAAUGGCUAACGGACUGCAAUACAUUCACUCGCAGAAUUUUGUCCAUCGAGAUAUUAAACCAGAAAAUGUGUUGAUUUCUUCUUCCCACGUCCUGAAAAUAUCGGAUUUCGGGAUCUGUCGGCCAGUUACAACGAGUUCCCAAAGUUUUUCUUUGUCCAGCGUACCCACAGGCACUCGGAUGUUCAAUUCUCAUGAAUUGCUUCAAUCGGAAGAAAAAAGCCCAGAAGAAAAGCAACAAAUUAAAGCUUACGUGUCAACCGACAUCUUCUCCUUGUGCUGUUAGUUUUUUAGGUACAUCACGAUGGGCGGUCAUCCUUUUGCCAAAGAAAAGAUUAUCAUCGAGUUUGUAACCGUUGCCAACAUUUUCAAAGGGAAAAAGUAUCUCGGCAAAGAUGGCUGUGGUAACUAAUCCGAGAUCAAAUCAAUUCUUAUCAAGACAUAAUUUAUUCUUGCUU